UUUGCCCCCUUUUUUCAGUGUGACAAUCUACUGUUUGCUGAUGUCGAGGAUGACGCGAACGUUGAGGAUGAUGUUGACAAUGUUGCAACAGCAGCUUUGCCACCAGUAGCUGCCACACGUUCGACGCUAACAACUCAUUAUGCCACAGCCAAGCCGAUUGCAGUAACAACACCGUCACCAACUGCAGUCCGCAGCACUCCACCGGCGAACUGCAUCGAACAGCGCUUACCCGCCUUUAAGGCGCAUCACAGCGAUAAUGCAGCGACAACAGCGAAUGUGCAAGCGGUAUUGCUGCAAAAUCAAGUGAACACAUUGCAGUGGCAAUUGAAGCAGGUCGAAACCAGUAAUGAAAUGUAUCGCGCUGUCAUUGAAGAGAUCGCACGCUUCCUUGAUCGCUAUCAAACGCAAAAACAACUACAGCGCCAACUCCAACAGCAACAACAGAUAUCCCGUUCCAAGAGUCUCUACCAAGUUUAUGAUGGCAGCAGCAAUUGCGAAGGUCAUGAACAAAACACCAGCGGCAACAGCACUUUCAGUGGUAAAUCAACAGCAACUUCGUCUUGCUUGCGCACGCGCAGCAGCAGCAAUCUGAUCGUGGACCUCAAGCAGUCAGCCAUACAAAAUGGCAAUGUGAAAUCAAACAGUGCCAACGGGGAACAUAGUACACUGGCAACAUCGGCAGCAGAUAAGCGUAGUUGUGAUGCCAUCAACACGUCGGCCAACAAUUCAUACACUGCAUUCAAGGACUUUACUUGGCGCCGCUCGCCCAAGAAGUAUGCCGAAUCGAAGGCCCAAGCCGCCGCCGACGAUGUUGAGGAAAAGCUUAACCAGGAAGCUUUCCGGCUUUCGCGCACGAUACACAAUCUGCUAAACACAUCCACACGUCAACCGGAUUUAACGCAGCAUCGUAGCUCUCUAACGACACAUACCCAUGGCGUGCACAGCAAAGUGUUGAAGACACCUGCACCGUCUCCAGCAGCCACAAUCCCAACACUCGUUGCGUCGGCUGCUCAAGGCAACGCUACCAGCAAGAAACACAGCGCCGCUGACGCCACGAAUAAAUGCAAUAGUCGCGUUCACCCCGCUGCUAACUCGCUUGCCAAUGCCACUGCCGAAAUGCUCUUCUUGCGCGCUAAUAAUAUACGCGACUCACGCUUAUCGCUGCGCAGCUCCACCGACAGCUCUGUACAUUCUACCACCUCCAAUUCGUCGGCAGUAUCAUCUUCCUCGUCGUCGGCGUCGUCGUCAGCGGCAUCCACAUCUUCCAGCAAGGUGGAGACAGACGAGGAUGUUACGUUAAAUCACCCAUUUCAUGCGAUGGCAUUGCCAUUCAAGCAGCUCCAACAUCCACUGGGCUCAGCCACAGAAGAUGAGAGUGGCUUCAGUUCGAUCAGCUCAUUCCAGGAUAUAGGUGUGCCGUUAUGCUCCACAAUGAUAUCGAAUGGCACUUCUACACCGAAUCGUUUGUCAUUAGCGAGCGUAAAAUUUGAUACCACCAGCUUGGGUAAUGCUAAUGGCGGCAUUGCUGUUAGUGUAAGUGGCGACAUGGAGGCCGGCGAAUUCGCCGGUGAUAGCCGCAAUUCCACCCUUAAAGCCAACCAUCCCAGCAAUGUGCUCGGCGUGCCGUUGCAAGCCACACACGAUAUGCAACACCGCUGGGACACGACAACAACAACAACAACAAAAACAAGUUACCGCAGCGCCAAUACGUACCAGCGUUUCUCCACGCUGUCCAAUGAGGAUGCGUCCGCUGUGCUUUGGGUAUAGGUGAGCGCCAAUCGGCACCCCAAAUUGCCGCAUCUCUACUUUGUGCAUUUAACUUCUUAAUUAAAUGUUUCUUUUAUUUAGUAAAGAAAUCAAGCAAAAAUCUUCGAAUUUGAUUUGGUUUGUCAAGUUUUAAGUUCAGUUUUAAUUGAAAAUUUUAGUGCGACCAACGCUUUGUAUUAAUUAGUAAUAUUAGAGGAUGGUACACAGCAGUGCCUUUUAAUAUGUUAUAAACGUAUUUUAAUAUUAAAUGUUAAUUUUAGAAGCUACAAACAUAUGUAUAAAUUUUAAAAUCAUCAAUCUGCAAUUAUUCCAGUUUUUGUCGCACAAAUUCAGAAAUGCAUUUAUUUUGAUUACAAUAUGUAUUUUUAAAAAUAUUUCACAGUUUGAAAACCCGUUAAUCAACGCUAAGAUAGAUACUUGUCAAAUGUAAGGCGAAAUAAAAUUCCACUUGCUCUUAUUAGAUUAUGCAGAGAAUAAUGAGUUUGUUUAAUUUAUGGCUUCCUAAUUAAUGCUAGUGCGAUUUGUCGGAGCUCAAAAUAGCUCGCCUAUUCACAUUGUUGUUGCGGCUUACUUAGCUCUGUCUCGAUCGGAUUGGGUGCCACUCCGACAGGUUGGGUUGUGUGGGAAUGUAAAG